AGGAUAAUCUGAGAUGAGAAGAUUAGUCUAUUUGAUCUUAAUCUGAUCAACAUGUCUGACAAGAAGACACUCGUGCUCUCAGCGUUUCUACUGUGUGCGUCCGUCACGUCGGUUUGGACCUUCGUGGAGGAACUUGAUGACUCUUUGCUGGACACGCGUGAAGAAAAUGAUGUUUGGCUCAUUAAAUUUUACGCCCCCUGGUGUUCCUUUUGCAAACAGUUGGAUCCUGUGUGGCAUCAGAUCGGUUCCGAGUUGAGGAGUUCCGGAUCUCACGUCAAUGUUGGCAAAUGUGACGCAACGGCUAGCCUGGUUUUAGCCAAAGAGUUCAAAGUGCGAGGCUAUCCCGCCAUCCUCAUGUGGAAGAAAGAUGUGAAAUAUAAUUAUUUAGGUGCCAGAACCAAGGAGGGAAUCAUCGAGUUUGUUGACCGGGUUAGCGGUCCAUUGAUUCGGCCUUUGACUAGUAUGGAGCUCUUCCAACAUGCAUUGAGUCGUCAUGACGUCGUGUUUGUUUACGUUGGAGCGUCAUCACCACUUAAGGGCGUGUACUCGGCCGCUGCUCAGGAUCUCAUCAUAUCUACUUUUUUCUUUUCUGCAAGCAGGGACGUCCUGCCUAAGACCGUGACGCUGUCUUCCCUUCCUGCUGUAGUCGUGUUCAAAGAUGGAACCUACUACAGCUACAAUGAGGUGAGCGACGGCGAGCUCAAGGCAUGGAUCAACAGAGAGCGCUUCCUCAACUACAUGAAGGUGGACAGCUACACGCUGUACGCCAUGGGAGAGUCAGGUAAACUGGUGCUGCUGGCCGUGCUGGACGACACCCAACAGAGUCUCAGGUACAAAAGUCUCAUACAGGAAGUAGCUCAAAACUACAAAGACAUCUACAGCAGAAAUAUUUACUUUGGCUUCAUGGAGGGAAACCAAUACAUUAAUGGACUCAUCAUGGGCGAGCUAAGUCUCCCCGCCAUCGUCAUGUUAAAUCUGUCCACUGACAGCUACUUCCUGCCGCUAAGGCCGGUGGACACAGAGCGCCACCUGUUGGACUUUGUGGAUGGAGUUCUGGAUGGCAGCGUGCAAAGUCAAGGAGGAAACACAAUCACUCAGCAAAUCAGACGCUUGAUCUACGAAAGCAAAGCCACACUACUGCCGCUUCUCAUGGACGCACCGCUGCUUGGCUGCUUCCUGCUCAGCUUUCCACUCUGCCUGAUUGGAUUCUUGUGCUCUCUGUGUUGGAAGGCCCGGUUUGGCUCAGAAGACGACGAAGACGACGGCAAGGAGUCAUGGUGUCAUAGAAAAAUACCCAACAAGAAGUCUGACUGACCGACAUCAGCAGAACUUCAGAGUAACUUGACAAUAAAAGCAAACGUUGAAUUGUCA